GUGAUGCUGUAUUAUAACAAAAAAAUGCACCGUCAUGUUAUGAAACUUGUAGAAAUAUUUUUAGAUAUUAAAAGUCAUGCGUAAGAGUUACAUUGAGUAUAUACCUAUGUUAUAUUACACUGAAAGUUUUUUCAUAUUUAUAACAGUAAUUAAUGCAAACUGAUUCGCAAUUGUGUUUUACGGAAUAUCAUUCAUUAAUCGAAUUAUUUUGAAUGCAGCUCUUAGAAUGAAAAUAGCCAAUUAGAUCAACUCUAUUCGCUAGACUCUGCUAGACCAUUCAAACUUCGUAAUUUUUUGAGACAAUUGUCUUCCGAUUCUCAAUAUUAAUUAUAACAAUAUUGAAGUGUUUAUUAAAUCUUGAUAUAUAAAAUGAAUAUUGUUACGGAGGAAGAGAAAAAAAUCCUUUAUUUUUUAAAAUCCCAAGGCUGCUGUUUGAGAUGUUGCUUUCGCUUUAUUGGAUCUCGUAUGUCGGAAUGUUACUGCAAACCUCUCGAAUUUGCGACACAGCUGAAUUCUGCUGAUAUAACAGAUGAUACUUCCUCAGAGGAAGCACCUUGCAUUGCAUGCUUAGGAGUUCUUCAGGAUAAAGUACAAGAAAAUGUAGUUACAAAGAUAACAGAAAAAGUGAAGGAGAAAGAUUAUGACUGCACAACUUUUCAUUGUGCAUUAACUGUCCCUGUAUCAGUAAGGCUCAGAGAACGUGUGUUGUAUGCUUACAUGUCCAAUGAGAUAGACAUUCAUGAAUCUGCCUUAAGUACUCUUAGGACAAAGUUACAAAGUGUUAAAGAUAUUUGGAAAUUGUUUAUGAUUCCUCAACUCGAACAAGCUACGAGAAAAUGUGUGGAUUCAUCAACACCGUCACCUUUUCUCAUUGAGGUCUUUCUAAUAUAUAACAAUGAUGAAACAAUAUUUAAAGAAUUAAUAAACAAAUACAAGGGAGGCAAUAAUAAACAGAGAAAGAGAAAAUGCAAUGAUAACACAUUUAGUAGAAAGAAUGUUGAAACCUUGUUGACUGAGAUAACAGAUGAGCAACUUAAGCAACAUUUCAUAAUCUCGGAAAUUGUACCAAAAACAUUUGUUCAUGUUGAUGACAUUUUAUGUUCUCAUAGCAGCAUUUUUAUAGGAGGACGUUAUAAUAAAUUCUCGAGGAAACUCAGUCAGACGCCAUGGUUUAUAAACGGUGAAAAGAAAGUAGAAACCUCGGUGCAAGACCUGCUCUGCAAUCCUAUGGCAGAAAUUGUGAAAGCAGAAUCGAUAAAAUUUUUAUCGUCAGGAAGGGAAGACGUGGACGUUAGAAAUAUAUACGGUGGUCGACCAUUCGCUGUUGAGCUAUUGAAUCCUCGCAUGACGAAUAUCACGAGCGAACUUUUGACGUGUCUGACUGAUACUAUCAAUCAGUCGACUAAGCAGGUUCAAAUAACAUCAAAUUUAAAGAUUCUUUCAAGAUUCGAUUUGAAAAAGCUUAAGGAAGGUGAGAAUGUUAAAACUAAGCUUUAUCGAGCGUUAUGUAUUUGUCGAAACGCAAGUAGCAGUCCACCGCAGUUAGAGCAUCUGAAUAACCUGGAAAAUAUCAAAAUUAUUCAGAGAACACCAGUCAGGGUGUUGCACAGGCGACCAUUGAGUCCACGAACACGUAUCAUUUACAAGAUGCGCGCACGUUGGGCGAAACCGCAUGAAUUGAAGGAAUUGGUGAAUACUACCGCGGAGAGUACCGACGCGUUCUUCGUUCUUGACGUCAAGACGCAAGCGGGUACAUACGUGAAAGAAUUUGUGCAUGGAGAUUUUGGUAGGACUAAGCCAAGUCUGUGUGAUUUACUUAAUGUUGAAGUGGACAUUGUCGCAUUGGACGUUACGGGUAUUAAUUUAAAAUGGCCGUAACGCAAAUUUAACUCAUUAUUCGCGACAUUAAAUCUAUUUUUAAAAAAGAUAAUAAAACAUCGAACACGAUAUGUUGUCGAAUUAAUAAAAAAUUAUGUUCCUCUUAAGCUUUUAAUUUAGGUGAAUUUUUGUGUUCCACGAUCCAGGGAUGUCUUUUGACUUCAGCCAAUGAAAUUCGCUCCGAACUUUUUUUCUUGAUCAGCUGUAAGAAUAAAUUUACAAAUAAAAAAAUCUUUAUUACGCGUA